CAAAAGAUACUUUAUCGAGAAUCCCCAACAUCCGCUCGAAUCUUCCGAGGACCACCAUGACCGAGACCAAGGCCGCGAAUGGCGGGAUGCUGGAGGAGUGGACGUCGUACUUCUUCCCGUCGCCGGCCAAGGCGUCGCAGGUGACCUGCCUCGAGUUCUUCCAGCGCCCAUCGACCGGCACGACGCUGCUCUGCCAGGCCGUGCCCCAUCGCUUUGGCGUCUUUGAUGCAACGACGAUGGCGCUCGUGGGCCAAGAGCACCCGCUGAGCGCGCCCGUCCGCCUUAUCCGCUUUAUGGACGCUGCGCCGUAUACGUCGCUGCCGAGCUUGCUCUUGGUCUCGACGCGCAUUUGCGUCUUCUCGCUCGAGCGCCAAGCGGUUGUGCACGAGGUCGUGGGGCCCAUGGCUGCCAAGGACGUUCUCGACGUUCGCGUCAACGACCAUGUACUCACGAUCUUAUCCCCCCGCGUGCUUCAUCUCUUUGACCGGCGCGCCAACUUUGCGCUGCAAGCGACAAUUCCGACGACUGCGGAUGCCAUGGCCCUUGGGCCUCGCUGGCUUGCGUUCCCGUCAGCGCUCGACGAACGCCACGCGAGUGGCUUUGCCGCGUCGUCCACCGCGACCUUUACCGCGCGCGACGACUACUCGCUCACCAACGUGGCCCAAGGCGUGGCCUCGAGUCUUUACUUUCUCUCGCAGGUCGGCCGCAAGUCCCUCGCGACGUCGUUUGCAGCGACAUCGGACGAGACGCGCGACGUCGGGAGCGUCGUCGUGCACGAUGUGGUCACCGGUGCCAACCGCAUCCAGUUCAAGGCGCACGACUCGCCCAUCACAACGCUGACGUUCGACCCAAGCGGCCUGCUGCUCGUGACGUCGUCACAGAAAGGGCAGACGCUGCACGUGCACCGGCUCCUCGGCGACGACCAUGUGCUCUUGUACAAGCUCCAGCGCGGCAUCACGUACGCGCGCAUUCACCACGUGAGCAUCGCAGUCGACGCCAAGUGGAUCGCGGUCACGUCGCUGCGCGGCACGACCCACGUGUAUGCGAUCUGGCCCCAGGGCGGACCCGUCGACGGCCACUGCCAUGCCGAGAUGGACUAUGACGACGCGCGCCAGGUCGCCGCGUCGAAAGCAGUCGCGGUUCUCGAGCAGCAGGCGCGGGACCUCGGCCGACCGAGUUGGUCGACAGAGAAGAUCCAGUCGCUCGUGCGACUGCGGCACACGACGCCAAUGAACAGCACGUCGGCGACGUUCCAGUACGACGACGACGACCUCCCGGCACUGCACUUGCAGUGCCAGUGGGGACUUGACAACACUCUGUUUGUCGCAAACGCCGGCACGCUCAAGACGAUGCGGCUCCACCCCAAGCUCUCUCUGCUUGAAAAUCAAAGCUUUGCACUCUCGGCCGAGCUCACGCAACUGCAGAGCAUCGAUCUGGAGCACCGAGCGACGCAUCCCGUGGCUCACGACGGGACGCCACCGCCGUCCACGCCGGCGCCUUCCAGUGUCGAAGUCAAGACGCACCACCGUCCGAGCAUCCCGCUCUGGGCGCACCCCAAGAUUACGUUUCGCGCCGUUCGACGUGCCGAUGGCUCGUCGCGCGUGCUGAACGUGCGACGUCUGGGGCCGGUGCCGCUGCCGACGGACGCCGCCGACAAGGUGCACGAGCGCGUCACGCAGGGCGAAAGCCCCGUGUUCGACGGCGCUUCCAAGCCCAAGAAGCAUACCGUGGUGCCAACGCUCGACUUGGCGGCGUCGAUCUCCAAGGCGGUGCAGAGCAGCGUCGAGAUUGCACCGAUGGACGACCAUGGCCUCGACGCGAGCGUGCAGUCGCUCAACCUUGCCCAGAUCCAAGACACCUAUUUUGCCAGUCCGCCGUUGGCACCGCUCGACGUACCCGACCUUGUGAGCGUCCACGUCCUCCCGCCUGUGCUCGCGGACAGCCGCACGCCGGUCGACGAGCCGUUUGAGGAGAUUUCGGCCGAGAGCUCGUCGGCGGACGACGCUGUCGCGCCACCGAAAGCGAGAUCCAAGGGGCGCCGGACUAGCAAGGUGAAGGCCAAGUAACGCAUCAAGAGGGCCGUGCUCGUUCA